AUGAACAGCACAUCGGUCAGUAACAGUUCUACAGGCGUCUCGCCCGACCUGCCGAGGACAGGGGCACCGUUCGGACAGAUGGUCGCCUACAUUGUCAUACAGAUCUUCUCCAGCAGUAUCGGCGUCGUUGGCAACAUUCUGGUGUUGGGUGCUGUGCUAAUGUACAAACCACUGCGAACUUCCGGCAACAUCUUUAUCGCAGCUCUGGCCAUCGCUGAUCUUUGCGUGACCGGAUUCAUCACACCGAUGGAUAUUGUAGGAUUUCUCAAGCCGGAGAUGUUGACAAGGUCGAUGAUUCUGUGUACUUUCACGGGCUCCGCGUGCGUGAACGUGUGCAACGCGUCGCUCUUCAUGUUAAUGAUCAUCAGUGUCAGUCGCAUGUUCGCCGUUUGCUACCCCAACGUCUACGGACGCGUGUUCACGUCGCGCAACUGUGUCGCCAUCGUCAUCGUCAACUGGUUUUCGGUCCUGUUUAUUAAUAUGCCGGCGUUCUUCUACGACAACAACUUCUGGUUUGAGCCCCGGUCGCAGGCGUGCCUGUGGAAUUUCUACACGAAACCGCUACACCGCCACCUGUGGGCCGUCCUUUGCGUAAUAGUACCCGUAAUCAUGACAGCCAUCUGCUACAUGAAGGUAUUCCUCCACGUUUACAAGAGUAAGCAGCGGGUCGCAGCUGCAGGUGCGGUCCAGCCGAAAACGAGGACGUCUACGGCGUCGACCGAACUCGCACGAACCCUCUGCACGAUCUUUGUCGUGUUCGUAAUCACCUGGACACCGAUGGUGAUUGACCUCUUCUUCGAUCCCGACUACGACUGGCCGGCGCAGUUUUUCCUCUUCGCGAUGUUUAUGGCGCACGUCAACAGCUGCGCCAACCCGAUCGUCUACGGCGUGACCAACAGGCAGUUUCGUGCUGGCUUCAGACACGUUCUGUUCCUGGGCGGGCGCGGUGGGGAUCAGUCCGCUAGCGUGCAAGACACAUCGCAUGUUGGCUUGAGAAGAGGUCGGCUGGCGCCCCGCAGCGUGAUAGCCGUCACAGCUGCAUCUAGCAACGCGGUUACGGAAAAUAUUUAG